CGCACCAUGUCUGAAUAGGGACAGGGAAUAGCACAUGUGACGUGCGGGGAGUCGACCGUCCCAAACCUGUACGGGAAUGGUCUCGGGCUUGAAGGUGAGUACCCAGGUAGUAAGUAUGAAUUAUCGUAUACCUGGUAUAAAUGGCAGUCGGACUCGAAGCAGACCUUCCCCCUUCCUCUGCCCUUCCCCCCUAUACCCUUCGGUAUCGUAAAGCAGGUUAAUAAGUGUCCCAAGCUACGAUCGCGGUCAUGACCUUGUCGUCAUCUACUCACCCCUAUUUUGCACCGCGGUACGUGAUAGCCGCCCUUGCUGUCUCGCUAGGCGGCCUGGUCAAUGGCUACGAUACCGGGUCUAUCGGUGCCAUCACGCACAUGCAGCAGUUUAAGGAUUCCGUGGGCGAGCUCUCGGCUAGCAUGCUGGGUAUCACGGUCUCGAUAAUCAUGCUGACGGGCACUCUACCGUCCCUGUUUGCCGGACACUUCGCUGACAAGUUCGGGCGUCUCACAAUCAUCAUCCCGGGCGCGAUCCUAUUCGGCAUCGGAGCGCUAGUCCAGGGCUUGGCUCACGGCUUGGCCCAGUUUAUUGCCGGCAGAGCGAUCGCCGGGUUCGGCCAGGGCAUCUUUCUUAGCAAUAUCAACGUGUACAUCUGCGAGAUCGCGCCGAUGCGGUGGCGCGGCACCCUAACUGGACUGCCGCAGUUUAUGGCUACUGCUGGUGUCUGCGCUGGCUACUUCACGUGUUACGGGACUGUUAAUAUAAAAUCCGACAUGGCUUGGCGUGUGCCGUAUAUCUUCCAAUGCGCCUUUUCUGCCGUUCUCGCUUGGAGCUGCCUUUUGCUUCCUGACUCCCCGCGCUGGCUCAUACUGCAGGGGAGGCAGGCUGAUGCGCGUCGGGCUUUGGAAAAGCUCGACUUCAAUAUGGCUGAAGCCGAACGAGAUUUCCUCGUGGUUACUGAGCAGUCACCUAGUCUUACGCCGUGGCAGGGUAUUAUACUCUUGUUCAAGAGAGGAUAUCGCGCCCGUACAAUUUUGGCUCUUUUUAUCCUUGGAAUGGUUCAGCUGUCUGGUAUCGAUGGCGUGCUUUAUUACGCUCCCAUCCUUUUCGAACAAGCGGGCAUAUCAUCACAGAACGCUUCAUUCCUCGCUUCAGGCCUUUCAUCUAUUCUCAUGCUUAUCGUCUCCAUCCCUGCUUUCUUACUGGCUGACAAAUGGGGACGUCGAACUUCCGCUAUCAGCGGCGGUAUCACAUUGGCAACGUGCAUGUUUCUAAUGGGUAGUCUCUACGCGGCCGAUGUAGUCCACCCCUACGGCGUCGCCAGGUGGUUUGUCAUCAUCGCUGUCUUCGUUUUUAGCCUUACAUAUUGCGCUACCUGGGGAAUCGUGGGCAAGAUCUACGCCAGCGAGAUCCAGCCAGGCCACACGCGAGCAGCAGCUAACUGCGUUGCCAUGGGCCUGUGCUUCGGAACAAACUUCUUAGUAGCUAUCUGCACGCCGAUCCUGUUAGAGGCUUCUGCCUUCGGCGCCUACUUCUUGUUCGGCGGCCUCGCAAUGGCUACUGUGGGCGUGCUCGCCUUCUACAUGCCCGAGACCCGCGGUCGCUCACUUGAGAAUAUCCAAGAGGCAUUCCACCGACCUGCUGCGAUGAGUAGCCUUACGCAACUUCUGAAACCGCUCGGUUUUGGGGCGAGGCGUAGAAACUAUCCAAUUGCUCAUGAGUUAGCUGCAGGCGAAGAGACUGAGGUAGAGCUCAGCGAUGCAACGGAAGCUGUUGCGGCUAGUGCUGUCUCGGUCGAAGCUGUGCCUAGAGCUCUAAGGCUCGACGUUUCGGUGUAGAUUUGUGCGCCUUUUUCGUUUGAUUAAGAGUAUAUUGUCGAUCAGGAUGCAAAAACAUAAUACCAGCAAGUUAUAUAGAAAAGCCAUCAAUUAUAAAUAAGACGAUAUAACCCAAUUUCCCCAUAUCAUUACAACAUGUUUCAUCUUACAAUAUAUAAAGUACGAUUAAUCACAGCUUCCUACUUCACA